AUGGGCGCCGCCCCCCGCCCGGAAGAGGCCGAGGACGACGACCAGGACGCCGCUGUCGUUUUGGUAUCCCAUUCCCUGGCGCGCUGGGUUGAUGACGAGGAGUUUUUGACUGGGCUUGUUGGGUCGGCGGGGUUUGCAAGGGAUAAAGGAAGGAUUGUGACGGUGUUGGCGGCGGCGGUGCAUGCGAUUCCGGCGACGGAUGCGAGGCAGAGGAAGUAUGCGUGCGGGGAGGGCGUGUCGAUUUUGAGGGGGAGUGUUCAUCGGAUGUUGGCGGAUGUGUUUCCGACGACGGAGGAGCCGGGGCCGACUGCUGCUGCGACGGGGGGUGGUGGUGCGGUGGUGGCUGCGGAUGAGCGGUUUGGGGUGCCUGCGCUACGGUUUGAGGUCCCGCCUGUUGUGCGGCUGGGGCAGCGCAUGAGUGUGCAUUUGCCGUUGGCGAAUACGUUGUUUGCGACGGGGAAACCGGUUGCGAUUGCGGCUGGCAGGUGGACGAUUGACCGGCCCGGGGGCAACUUCAAAAGGAUUGGGAAGCAAAUCUUGGGAGAACAGGGUUUCCUCACCACGCGGCUCAUCCCCCUGACCCCGGCGCGCCCCAUCGCCCGCAGCUUUGGUAAUAUCCUCUCCCAAGUAACGGUGGAGGGAAAACCGAAGCCGGCGUCCAAGGAGCUGGAGAGCGUGAUCCCCACGCUGAUCGAGAAGCGCAAGGCGUCGUUCGAAGUCCAAAAGGCGAAACUGCGGUACAGAGCGGAGGAUCAGGACCACUUGGAUUUGAAGGUGGACGUCUGGGCCAUGAUCACGCCCGCGGCUGAUCAGCCGGAGGUGGGUUCCGUCGCGGACGUGCCGGUGCUGGAGACGCUGGAUUGGAAGAAGGGGGAGCAUAGCUUUGAGCGGGAGGCGGCGCUGGCGUGGGAGGUUUCGGAUGCCAUGCCCUCGCAUCUCGCUCGGGGGGCCAGGCUGUUCAAAGUUUUAAGCGGCGGCGGCGGCUGGGGCGACAAGCAAGGUCUCCUCUCCCUAGACCCCAAUACCUCGCUCUCCCAAACCGACGACCAAAGCUUCGAGUCCUUCAUCGCCUCCUUCCACAGCAACACCUCCACCACCUCCUCCUCCACCCCUCAAAACAACAACUACGCCCUCCCCCCCGGCUCAACAGUCCAAUUCCUCACCCCCGCCCACUUCCCCAUCCACACCAACCCCUUAGGCCGCAACCACAAGAUCCGCACCCAACUCAGCAUCGUCUUCGGCACAGACCACCUGCAACCGCACCAGGCCCUGACCGACGCAGCGGCCCGCGGCACCGACCCGUCUAAGCCGCCGGCGUAUGAUAUUAAUCAAGGCGCGGCGUCGGUGGAGGAUUAUCCGGGGAGGUUCGGAGGGGUGGCGAGUCCGUUGGGGGUUCAUCAUGUUUCCAAUGAUGGUGUAGAUUCCGAGAAGGGAAGUGAGAAUGGAGGGGAAGGGAAUUAUGGGGGGAUGUAUAUUGGUGCGUCGCCGCUGAGGGAGGGGGAAGGGGAAGCUGUGGAGCCGUUCAAGGUGGAUGCGCCGGGGACGUAUGUGGCUACGAGGUCGUUGGAUCGGCCGAAGAGGGAGGGGGAGACGGAGGAUAGGGAUGAGUGGCGGGAUGAUUGA